CAAAAGGAAAAGUAGCUGGCCACAAGGCAAAAAGCAGGUCGCCUGACAAUACUAAACAGGACAUUUAACAAACUUCUUCAAUGCUUUUUGGACUAUAAAACAGGUUUUGUCUCUCAGAAAAGGUGCACAUACUUUGCCUCUCCUGUGAAGCAUUUAAGAUGCGCAUAACCAAUUCCUCAGGUUGCAAUGUUUAUUCUGCAAUGGAGCCAUUUCCUUAUUUUUAUUACUUGAUAUUUCUUAUUGGGUUCAUUGGGAGCUGCUUUGCCCUGUGGACCUUCCUGAAGGCAGAGCAACAUCGCAAAUGCAUGAGCGUCUACUUAAUUAACCUGCUAACAGCAGACUUUUUGCUAACCCUUGCCUUGCCGGUGAAAAUCGCAGUUGAUUUAGGAGUUGCUCCCUGGAAACUGAAAAUAUUCCACUGCCAAGUCACAGCUUGCCUCAUCUAUAUCAACAUGUACUUAUCCAUCAUAUUCUUGGGAUUUGUAAGCAUGGACCGUUGCCUUCAAUUAAUACACAGCUGCAAGAUCUAUCGCAUCCAGGAGCCUGGCUUUGCUAAGAUGAUAUCAGCAGUAGUCUGGGCAAUGGUUCUAUUUAUCAUGGUGCCAAACAUGGCAAUUCCAAUCAAAGAAAUCAAAGAAACGGCCAAUGUGGGCUGCAUUGAUUUCAAAACGACGGUGGGAAGAGAUUGGCAUGUUUUCACUAAUUUCAUUUGUUCUGCCAUAUUUCUCAAUUUUUCCGCCAUAGUGCUUAUUUCUAACUUCCUUGUGAUCAGAUUACUCUAUCGAAACAGAUACAACGUGAGCUACGACAAUGUGAAGAAAGCUCUGGUGAACAUACUCUUAGUCACUGCAAGCUACAUAAUAUGCUUUGUUCCUUACCAUAUUGUCCGGAUCCCGUAUACUCUGAGUCAAAGCAAAGCUAUAACCACAGACUGCUCUCUCAGGCGAACGCUCUUCAAAGCCAAAGAAUCCACCCUGCUACUUGGUGUGUCAAAUCUCUGUUUUGACCCAAUUCUGUAUUUUUACCUUUCAAAGACAUUUCGACUGAACGUGACAAAGGCUUUCGGGUCGCGUAAAGAAAAUAAUACUCCCCCAGAAAAUGCAUUAACAGAGACAGCACUUUGAUGUUUCAGUUGAGACUGCAGACCAUUCUAGACAAUUUAUUGCUCAUUAAAAAUGCAUUGACCCCGCCCCCACCCCAGCUAGAGCACACAAUCUCUCCAUCUUUCCUUCAGGUAGAGCUUCAGUUGCAAGGGCACUGCAUUUUCUGAGAAAUUGCUAAGGGAAAGAAGCAAUAGGCCCACCCCAAGAUACAAUAUUCAUUGCUAGUAGCUAUUGCUCUGUAGAAUUUGGUUGCACAAUGUGUCACAAGCAGUUGUCACAUUUUGUUUCUGAAGGGUGAAAUACAAUGAUAGUCACACUCAGAUUAGUCAUUGAUUUCAAUAGUCUACUCUGUGUAUGACUUGGAUGGGUAUUACUCAAAGUGCCCCGUGGCAAAUGGUUUAGCUGAGAUUCCUGCAUUGCAGAGGGAUGAACGAGGUGACCCUCAGGAUCCCUUCCAACUCAACAAUUCUAUGAAUUCUCCCCCUGCAUACCUGUAAUUUGACAUUCAGAUAUCUUGAAGUGGCAUGACUGAAUACUUUGUGAGCCUUUUUUAAGAUGGUUGCUUUCAUAACACUGACAUUUAGAGUUAUGUAUAUAAGAAGCAUGUAAUUCAUCUAAGGGAGUACACACAGUGGGUUUGGUUUAGAUGUAACAAUAAAAAAUGGUGUCACAGGAACAAGCCCCAUGCUUAUGCUUCUAUUUUCAUGUUAAUCUGCUUGAAGACUAUGAUA